UUGAAGUUAAUUUGAAAAAUAUGAAGUUAAUGUGAAUAACUCUGCAAAAUGCUUUGCUAAUUAAAAAAAUUAUGUUCUAUGUUCAUGGGUCACUAGUUAUCGCCAUACAAUUAACUACAAGAUCUUGAGCGAUUGCUACGAAAUAAAAUUUAAUAAAGUUAUUAAUGCUUUAUUAUAUGACUGAUUGAAGAAUGACAUAAAACAAAAACAAAAAAGUUUGGAGGCAUGGUUUUAAAGGUUUCAAAAGCAUAAUAACGGCAAAGUACUUUUAAAGCUAUGGUAUGAAUUGAGAAACAAACAUUCUUGUUAAAAAAGUUGGGAAAAAAACAUCAAGAACAAUGUUUGAUAAUCCGGCAUUUAAAGAGGUUGAUGAGCAAAGAAAUUUUGAUAAUAUUUUAUUUUCAGACCCAGAUAUAGGCAUUUUAAAUGCAGAACAAGUGGCAGAAGUAUCUAAAUAUGGUUGGGGAAGAUAUUCAGGAAAAUAUUUCCAAGCGUUGAAUAAACCAUCAUUUCUAAUUGCAGCUCUAUGCAUAUGUUCUUUUUCUCAAGGACUGGUUGUUACUGGAAUUACCUUUACAACAAUAACAUCUAUAGAAAAACAAUUUGGCCUAAAAAGUACAGAGAGUGGGCUUUUACUUAGUGUUACUUAUGAUGCAGCUUAUGGUAUUUGCUGUCUUUUUGUCAGUUACAUUGGUCAUAAUCAUAAACCUCGUUUUAUAGGAUUAGGUAUGCUGGUAAUGGCUUGUGGAUGCUUUAUUAUUUCUAUUCCAGAGUACCUUGUUGGAAGUUACACUGCUGGUAUCCAGAUUUCAACAGAUUUUUGCCAAAUUUCUUCCAAUUAUACAAUUCCUGAAACAAACUGUAAUGACGGGACAUUAUGGUAUUAUAAAGGUUUAUUUGCUCUUGGUUUUGUUUUAAUGGGUGUUGGUGCAACGCCUUUAUAUACUUUAGCACCAGCUCAUAUUGAAGAAGUAACACAUAGAGGUCAAGGAAGCUUGUAUUUGGGUAUUUAUUAUGCUGCAGCAGUUUUAGGUCCAGCAGUUGGUUUUAUUAUUGGUCUUCCAAUUCUUAAUACUUGGGUAGACAUUAAGCAGCCAACUAACUCAGCUAUAACAACACAAGAUAAUAACUGGGUUGGAGCAUGGUGGAUUGGUUUUUUAGUAGGAGCUGGUGUUCUCUUAUUUCCUGUUAUUCCCAUGCUUGGGUUCCCUCGAAUUUUUUCAGACUCCAAAGAAAUUCGUAAAAAGAAAAAUGAAUUAGAAGAUACAACACUAGAAGAUCAAACACUACGCCAUGAUCUAAAAUCGGUUUGGCCAUCAAUAAAAAAACUUCUUCAAAAUAAAUCUUUUUUAUUUAUAACAUUAGCCACAGCAUCCGAAAGUUUAGCUACAGGUGGUUUUGCAACAUUUUUACCAAAAUUUAUAGAAACUGAAUUUUAUUUAACAGCUUCACAAUCAUCUUUGUAUACUGGCAUAAUAAUAAUACCAGGAGCUGCAGGUGGAAUUAUCCUUGGUGGCUACAUAAGCAAGCGUUUUAAUUGGAAUUGCCAGUCAACAUUAAAAUAUUCAGCAAUUAUAGCAUUGGUUUCAACCGGACUCAUAUCUUCAAUUUUUAUUGGUUGUGAGGGGCGUGAAAUAGUAGGUGUAGCUAUUCCCUAUUAUAACAGCGAUUUAGUUUCAUUAGAGAACAACUGCAAUAUAGAUUGUAACUGCAAUCAGCAAUAUUAUAAGCCUGUUUGUUCAGUUGAAGACCAACAAACAUUUUAUUCACCAUGUCAUGCUGGCUGCUCCAAAGCUUCAUUUUUAAAUGGAAUAUACUACAACUGCACCUGUUUACCACCUGACGUCAUUAAGGUUAUUGAAAAUAGAUGCACUCCAAGUUGUAAGCUAUUUCCUCUGUUUGCUGUGUGCGCAUUUUUACUUAUGAUUUUUACUUUCUUGAAUAACGUUCCCGUAUUAAACGCUACAUUCAGAGUUGUACCAGCAGAUCUAGGAUCUUUUGCUAUGGGUUUUCAACAAGUCUUUGCACGGUUUCUUGGAUUUAUUCCUGCACCAACUAUAUUUGGUAAGCUUAUAGAUUCGAGUUGCAAAUUAUGGGACAUCGACGAAUGCACAGAAGAAACAACAAAUUGCCUCGAGUACGAUAAUACCGAUUUUAGAUUCAAUCUAUUUCUUAUCGGAGUGGUAGUUAAGUUUCUGGCAACAUUUUUUAUAUUCUUGGCUUUCAAGUUUUACAGACUUCCAAAUAAAACAAAACAAAUAACGUUAAAAGAUGUUACAAAUGUUGCUAUUAUACACAGUGAAUAGAUAUCUAAUAAUUUCAUUUGGAUUGAACAAAGAAAUUUGUGCUGCAUUAAUUUCUUUAUUUGGCAAUAUUUAUACUUUUUUAUACAUUAUUUAUUGUAAAUACUUUUAUUUAUUAGUGUAUAAGUUCUUAUACUCAUUUUUUAGACAAAAAACUUUGUUUAUGGGUAAACAAAGUUUAGUAAAAGUGUUGUAAAUAAUUAAAACUAUUUAUAGUAAAUUUUUUUAUUCAAUGUUAAUUAUUUUUAUAAGAAAUACAUUUUUUUUAAAUUUAA